AUGGCACCCAAGCGCUCACAUGCCGAAAUGUCAGGCAAGAAGACAGACUCCACCGCAACAUCCUCCUCGCCACUCAUGCCUAUGUUCGAGCAUUUCCGUGCCGAGCUGGACGAACAUCACGAUCGGAGAGAAAGGAUCAUCAAGGCCUCAAGGGAUGUGACUGCUGCUUCGAAGAAGAUAAUCUUCACGCUCCAACGCACCCGCACCCUUUCCCAACCCGUCCCGGCCCACGUAACCAAAUCCAACACCCCCUACCACGAAAUCAUCAAGACCCAACUCAGCUCUGUCGCCGCCGACCUUCAAGGCCUCAACGCCCACCGCUACGCCCGGCAGAUCAGCGGCGGAUGCCAGGAGUUCAUGGAAGCGGCCCUGUUCUCGCAUUACCUCACCACUAGCACUCUGCUGUCUUACGAAGCGGCCGCAGAGCAAUUGCAGGCUUUGGGCGUGGGACUUAGCGUGGAGGAUUAUGUCUUGGGGGUGUUUGAUUUCACGGGCGAGGUGAUGCGGUUUGCUAUUACGGCGAUGGCGACAAGCGGGGCUUUACCGGCGGUCGAGAGUGGUAGUAGUGAGGGUGAGAUGGAGGUUGAAAGUGAGAGGAGGACGGUACUGGAUGAUCUGAGGGUCUUGAGGACGGUGUUGGAGGGGAUGAAUGCGGGUGGGGGGCCUUUUGGGAAGGAGUGUGAGAAGAAGAUGGAUGUGAUGAGGGCGAGUGUGGAAAAAGUUGAGAGGGCUUUAUACGGCCUGGUCGUGCGAGGCGCCGAGCGUCCCAAGGGAUGGAUGCCAGAUACUGACGCUGCGCGGCCUGUGGAGGUCGAAGGCUGA